AUGCUUUACAAUGCUUUGACAGCACACACCAAAGAAGACAAAGAAUGUAAUAGAAAUAUUAUAGAACAAACAUACAGUGAAAUAUCAAUGCCAUUACAUGAUAAUGAGAUUUUACCUGAUGUGGAUUUAGUUGAACCUAGUACUAGCUCUGGUGGUGUACAUUCAUCCCACAAUCAGGUUGAUGAUAAGAAUACUCCUUGUAAAAGACGUUUACACAAUAAACAAUAUUGUGCGAUAAGCACACAAGUAAAAAUUAAAAGUAAUAACGAAAAAAAUUUGUUGAAAAGAAAAAAAGUAUUAGAACAAAAACUUAAAAGACAAAAUAAAUAUAUUGAUCACAUGAAAUCAUUGUUAGCUGUUGUAAAGAAGUAUACAUCUCAGUCGGAUAUUGAAAAUAUUAUUAAGGGGAAUUUUUCCGACCUUUGUAAAUUAUUUAAGAAAUCUAAUCCACCUAAUCAUCCUCAAGGUAACUAUGCGUCAGUAGGUGAGAACCGUAUGCAUUAUGCAAUCAUCAGUUCUGACGUCACUCAAGUAUUAGUAGUUAGUGACGCUACUGUG